AUGGAAAAGGUCGGAUUGUCAUCAUUAUCACCGGAUUGUAUUAUUCUACACUCCUUUGAAUUUCCUAUACCAAAUUUUAACCCCAAAUUUCAAGCAACUCUAAAAUCAUGGACAAGGACAACAAUCAGUUUGGAAAUUACCAAUCAUUCAUUUGAAGAAAUUAAUUCGAUACUCGAAGAUGAAGCUUUAGGACCACUGAUGCAAAAUUCUUGUAAUUUAGUCUGGUAUAUGAUAUAUUCUAUGCAACAAGAAGCAGUUCUAGAUCAUGAAUCACAUCAAAUACCCUGGGUGUAUUUAGGCUAUUAUCUCAAAAAAGAAUUACAUGAUGCCAUUUUUGAAUAUUCCCUGUUCAGCAAUAUCAAGGAUAUUGGAAAAGACAGGUUUGGAUUUGUAAGUUCGGCUGACUACGAUGGAGAAAAGGUCGUAUUGAAAAGUCUCAAAACUAGAGAAUUUAUUAACGAGGUUAAACAACUGUGCGCUCUUAAAUUUCAUCCUAAUGUUAAUCAAUUCCAUGGAAUUACGAUAGGUACCGUCAAUAAUACAAAUG